GGUUGUAAUAACUUGCUGUUUAAUUAACUAGCCUGGAAGAAUGGCCGCCAGAGAAUCACCAGAUCCGCCGUUGGAGAUAACCUACAAGAAUCUCAUCUCCGGCACAACGCAGAAUUACCGUCGGCCGGAGCUUCCGGUGGUAGAGGAGUGCGAGCUGCCGUUGAUUGAUCUGAAGGAACUGGACCUGGGAGAUUCCGAGAAGAACUUAGCAUGCAAGAAACUGAUAGCAGAAGCUUCCAGAGAAUGGGGUUUCUUCCAGGUGAUAAACCAUGGAAUCCCAAGCCAUGUGUUGGAGAUAAUGAGAGCCGAACAGGUGAAGCUUUUCGAAAAGCCGUUUGAAGAGAAGAAAACUUACAAAGAUUUGAACUUCUCAGCUGGAAGUUACCGUUGGGGCACCCCUUCCGCAACCAACGUCAACCAGCUUUCUUGGUCGGAAGCCUUUCAUGUACCCUUGUCCGAUAUAUUGGCCUCCGGUCCAAACAUUCAUAACAACACCCUCAGCUCAACAAUGGAGCAAUUUGCGGCAAGGGUGUCAGAAUUAGCGAAGAAGUUAGCGGGGAUACUAGCGGAGGAAAUAGGUAAGAAGACGGGGUUUUUCGAAGAAACGUGCCUGCCGAGCAGUUGCUACAUACGACUGAACAGGUACCCGGUGUGCCCGGUGGUAGUACAGCACCCUCAGAUGUUGGGUAUAAUGCCCCACACCGACAGCGACUUCGUUACGGUUUUGCAGCAAGACGGUAUCGGAGGAUUGCAGUUAGUCAAAGAUGGCAACUGGAUUGCUGUUAAACCAAAUCCCCAUGCCCUCAUUAUCAACAUCGGAGAUUUGUUCCAGGCUUGGAGCAAUGAUGUAUACAAAAGUGUGGAGCACAGAGUUGUGGCAAAUGCUGAGAAGGAAAGAUUCUCCGCGGCGUACUUCUAUUGUCCAUCUAAAGACACAGUUAUAGAGAGUGAUGUUUAUAAGAGAUUUAGCUUCGGAGAAUUCAAGAAACAGGUUGAAGAUGAUGUUCAAACGUUCGGCCAUAAAAUCGGGCUUUCGAGGUUCCUCGUACCACCAGGUGGAUCAUCAUCUUCAUCACUAAGUGGUGGUUUGUAGGAUUAAUUAAACUAGAUUAGUGGAAUAAUUAAUUAAUUAGAUUAACCAAUUAUGGGCUUUCAUCGGACAUUCCUACUAAUUAAAUCAGUAGGGUUUUUCUCCUAUGUUUUGAACAAGGUUUAAUUAAAAAGCUUUGAUAAAUAAUAAAUAGACUUAAUACAGUCCUCUUCUCCUCCAAAUUGAUUGGUACAAACUACAAAGUUGUUACACAAAGAGUUGAAGCGUUGUUUUCUAGUAAUAAGACAUGAAAUCCUUUAUUUAGGGGUGUGCAGGGGUCGUACGGUUCGGUUCUUGCAAGAAACCAAGUACGUACCGAUAAUAUCGGUUUUUCACAUUUUUAAGAAACAUGUCGGUUUUUUCCGGUUCUUCGG